AUGCUGUCAAUGUCAAUAUCAAAGAAUUUGAGGUUAUUUUUAUUUCUACAAUACAAAUCGAACUAUUGGAAGAUUCAAUAGAUUGCAGAUUCGAUAGAUGCACUAAAUAAUGUAAAUUUGGAUAAUAUUUCGAAUAGCCAAUUGUUCGACUACUACGUUUUAUAAAAUGUCUUUAAUUAGAGCUGGAUUACAGAGGCUAUCAAGUGUUUUUAACAAUGGUGCAGGUGGCUUAUUGUCAAGAUUAUCAUCAAACCUUGCACCAUUAGAAAACAAGUCCAUACCUGACACAAAAAACGAUGUCAUAGCUACAUGCAACAAACUAAUCGAGGAGAACAAAUCCCGGAAUUUUGCCAUAGUUCAUUUAUUGGGUAAACAGUGGCGAGUAACUGAUGGUGAUCUGCUUGUAGUAGAGGGGUAUUGGCCACCAAACAUUGGAGACAAAAUAACACUUGACAAAGUUCUUUUGGCUGCAUCUAAAGAUUUCUCUCUUAUUGGUAGACCCUUAGUGCAGCCAGGAUUAGUUACCGUGACUGCUACUAUCAUAUCUAAAGGUCUUUCUCACACUCGCACACACUUUAAGAAGAAGAGAAGGAAGCAGUUUAUGAGGAUUAACUUCCAGAGAGCUCAGCAAACAAUGCUAAGGAUAAAUUCGGUUGAAAUUGCCAACAAAAUUAAUGAAGCUCCCAAAAAUGUAUUUUAAUUACAUUGUUUAGACAAUAAAACUAGUUUGUAAUUGAA